CGCAUCACCUCACUACACCUCACAACUCGAGCUCAAGCAAAGCUUCGAGCAUUGCCUAUUCACUCCCUAAUACUCGGUCACACGACCUCCCUGCGCUCGCUGUCCAGUCAAGUCAAGAUCCCUCCUUCGCUCUGUUGCGAAGAACACGGUCGUCCGCUGCUCGGGAUAGCUUGAAGAAAAAGCUUGGUCUGAUAGAUAUUCCCCCUUUCACCCACUCGUCCUUCUAUCCGGUCGAAGUUAUAUUCCUGGGCCCGUCUCUCCAAGAGAUCAUUCGAGGAUAGCGAGUCUUCCAUGGACCGCGCGUUCCGGACGACAGCUGGGGCCCAUCUACCUCCGUCGACGACACGGUGAGGUUUUUGAGAGGUUCUAUAAUCGAUCACCUGAGCGCAAGGCUUCGAGCAGUUCUCGAUACCCAACCACCCACCGACACAGCACUUGAAAGGGCGACAAUCUCAAUUGCUUCAGCGAGGGGAUUGUGCGUCCCAGUCUCUAUCCUCAGGCCCUGGUACCAAAUAAAAUUGUUCGAUUGUCCAGGACCUCUCUCAGCCACAUCUGGGGAGAGGGAGCCACGUCACAAAGGAGACCACGCAUGUUACGCCCCGUUUCCUCCUCCCUCCGCAAGAGGCUGGACGCGAGACAGGCGGCCGGCGCGUGGUCAAAGAACCGAUAUCUCUGGACGGGUGAGGACUCGACAACAACGAGCUCCCGAAAGCGUCUCCUCCUGUUCGACAUCGCCAGCAACCAGUCGCCCUUUUCCAUCCACAGGGUGCACUCGUCCAACUCCUUCCUGCGCAGCCAGUACUCUUUCUCGCCAAACACGAUCCGCUCGCGCCUGGCCUUGCACUACAAGGGGCUCCCAUACACGGAAUGCUGGAUCUCGUACCCGGACAUCGAACCGCUCUGGCAGGAGUUGAAGAUUCCGCCGCCGAAGGAAGAUGUCUCAGGGACCAAUAAGCGGCGAACCUCGCCGACUUGCACGUUGCCCAUCCUUCUUCUCGACGCCCACGACUUUGGUCAAGAUGCUCUGAAGAGUUUACGUGAUGCAAAGGUUCCCGGGGUCCACGAAACGGUGCAGACGAGGUACGGCAUAUUCACGCCCGUGGUCUCGACGCUAGGCAUCGCCAUGGCCCUCGAAGUGCUCUUCCGGAACCCCGAAAGUUAUCCUCCUUUGUUCCCCGACCGGCAAUCCCUGGACCAGACGCUACAGGUCCAGUCCAUCAUCACCCGUCUCCUCCCCGCCUCGCGACGGCUAAUUAUCCCUUCCGUGCCUGACAUCCUCGACGACAGAGGGAAAGAGUACUUCACCCGCACGCGCAGCGAAUGGUUCGGCGUCUCUUCCCUGGACAAGCUCCGGCCCAAGACCCAAGAAGAGACCGAUCGGCUGUGGGCCGACGUCGAAACCGAACUCGACCCCAUUCUGCGCACACUAUACGACUGUCCACUAGUGAGAGGACCCGCGCUGCACGACACACUGGACUGGAAUCCAGAGAUGGAAUCCGGCAUCGCGUCGGCGGCGAGUGAGCAAAACGACGGCGUCGGCGGUGGCCGCGUCCGCUACCUCUCCGGCGGACACUGUCCGACCUACGCGGAUUUCAUCCUCAUGGCGUUUCUGGCCUGGAUCGCCCGCGUCGACAUGGACGCCUGGGCGCGCUUGACCCUGUACGUGGGUCGCGGUGUCCUCGAGGACCUCUGGAUGGGCUGCCUGCCCUACCUCCGCAGCGGCGGCUACGUCGGGACGCUGGAGUGGUUCAGGCCCGCUGGUAGGAGGCAGAUCGGCCACCAGCAGCAGCGUUGAAGUUUAGUCCCGGCCGACCAUUCUUUCUCGUGGAAGUGAUGGAUAGGGGGGGCGCCCCCUAACUAAUCUUGGUUGGGCGCAGGAGGAAAGAGGGAAGGGAGGGAGAGUGUGUGUGUGUGUGUGUGUGUCAUUCGAUUUUCCGGUCGUCCCAGAGAUGGGUGUUGACUGAAUCGAAGGUAACAUCCCAUAUCUGCCGACGUUUCUCAUGCCAUGUCGCGCCACGCCACGCCACGCCAUACCAUGCCACGCCAAUCGUUCUUUACCCUCUCUUCUCAUCCUGCAUACCGCAUACCGCAUGCCGCCGGCCACCACCUUACCCUACCCAUUCGACAUGACAAUCCGCAACGGCCCCCUGAACCCUCUUGUCCACACCGUCCUCUCCCCACGAAUACAGGGGCUCAAGACGCAAUGGCACAGGCACGGCGCAAGGUCUCCACCGUGCGCAGCGUCCUCUCUACCGGUCGGAAAGCACGUCGUCGUCAUCGACGUGGCAUAUUGCAGAGCGAAACCCCCCCUUCCUCUCAUCGUCACGCGCGGGACGGCCGCCGUCGUCAUCAACGGGGCUGGAAAGACGAUACAAGGAACGCGGAACAGGCGUGCAUGAACAAGGCUUGUUGUACAAAAAGUCAUUAGAAUUGGGGUUCUGUAUCCUCCCGUCCUUUUGUUCCUAUCUAUCCUACAGGAAGGAGCUUCACAGCUCCUCAAGAGCCCACCAACGCCAAAGCCAAAACCAAAACCAAAACCAAACACUCGUACACAGGCCCGAUCCUCGUCGGGAGGGGGUAUCGUUGUCAUCAGCUCAUGCUUUCGUAGAAGUCAUCACAAAAAAACAAAACAAGAAACACAAAACUGUUUAC